CCUGGUUACUUAAGGAGUCCUAGGAACGUGCGGGGCCAGGCAGGUUUCAGACAUUAGAAUAACACGCAUGUUGCUAUUAUGACGACAUUGACUGGAUAAGGACAAGAGUAUGUAUUGAUUGCGCAUCAUCAGCGUGUUGGUAUCGUGUCACAUCAUUUCCUGUGGACUUUAAAUACGGAAACGUUGGAUGACAAUUUGUCUUGACGGUCUAUAAAGUGCAAAAGUGUGGAUUUGCUUUUUUCGAUCUUCAUGAUAGAUUUGAUUCCGUUCUGAAUAUGGAUAACUUUUGUUCAGCUAUAGCUUUACACAGUCUUUUAUUUGUGGUAAUUUUUCCAAUCAGUAACCUGGCAGCUGUUCUUAAUACCGUACUGCUUCUCCGUAUCUCACUAUCUGCUCCUCUAUAACUCCUACACGUUGAGCCGGUAGCUUAGAAGAUGGAACCUCAUCGCAUAAUCAUAUGACUUCACAGAAGGCAAGCAGACGCUAUGACGGUGGAGAGAACGCCGGCUUGUGAGAUCCUGUAAGAUCACCCAUACAGGUGGCUCGCUCGGAAACAGAAAACAUUCAAAAUGAACACAACCAUGGGAAGCGUGGUCAACAACGGCGUGUACAACAACAUGACUUUAAAUGAGACUCGACUAAAAGAUCUUGGAUUAAACAGUAACCUAGACUUCGACGAAAGAUUUUCGCCAGAGAAGGUGUUGGUGGACCAAUAUGUAACACCCGUUAUAUAUGCAAUAGGCUUCCCUGGAAACAUGCUUUCAUUCAUAGUCUGGAUUCAAAAGAGAAUGCGUCAUUCGUCUGGGUGCUAUUUGGCGGCUCUUGCGCUGGAUGAUCUUAUCUUUUUGUGUCUACAUGUCAUGUUCGAGUUGCAAACAGUAUGGCGGGUACAUGCUCUGGAUGCCCCGGGAGUCUGCGAGAUCUACCCUAUCUUUUAUAUUGCUUGUCAGUACCUCUCCCCACUGCUGGUGCUGGGAUUUACAGUGGAGAGGUACAUAUCCAUUUGUCAUCCAUUUAAAAGGGAAAAAUUCUGUACUACGAAAAGAGCCAAAAUUGUGAUAGCCUGCUUAACUGCAUUGUCACUGUCUAUGAGUGGUAUUCAAGGUUACAUCUACACCUACAACAGCAAUGCAUCAGACUGUGGCCCCAGAGAUGAACUUGUUACAGCACAACCGAUCAACUUUCUCAUAGUUUGGAAUAUGAGUAUCGAAAUGUUUGUCUUCCUUCUUGUGCCUCUAAAUGUUCUCUUUCUAAACAUACUGGUGAUCCGGGAACUCAGAAGACUGUCCAGAGUGGAAACCCAACAGCUUCACGGUCGCGGUCAGAAGACGUCUGCAACAACGGUGAUGCUGCUAGCUGUGUCUUUCUAUCAGAUUAUCACCACCCUUCCCGUCACAAUCGUCUACGCUCUGUACUUCGAGUUCCCUUCAGGAAGCUUAGAGAUCCCAGUGUCCCAGGUGCUACAAGAUCCUCAGUGGAAUCGGUUUUUCACAUACUAUUUGAUUCAAACUAUCAUUAAGGAAUACGGCACUACCCACUAUGCAUUUAAUAUAUUCAUAUACAUGAUAACGGGGAAGCUCUUUAGAAAGGAAGUCACCAAGUUGCUGUGUAUGUCAAAAUUGUGUGCGUUCCAAUUCAAAGUUCCCGUCACGGAAUAUUCAAGCCUUCGCAGUACUGCCCGCACAUCACUGAGACUUCCCAAUCUGUGGGUGUCUGUGAACGGGCACGUGGAGAAGGAAAAAGAUGAAACUAAAGUCUGACUAAGGAAUUGAAACUUACUGUGAAGAAGUCGAUUCCGAAUUGCCAGCCCUUUAAAUCAAGGGCGCUGCAGUUUACUCUGCUUGUUGAAGUUGGUGAAUUGAAGUGACUGAGAGCAGAAACUGGUGUCUGGUGUCUAGCCGAGUGCUAAAGAGGAUUACAAUAAGUGCAGUCUGAAAAGCUCAAACAGUGACCGACAGGAGAGGCCAGGGCAAAAGUUACCGUAUCACGGGCGUGUUGCUUUGGACUGAGUAUUCACAUCAUAGAUUUUCCAUCAAUCGUCGUGAUCGUACAAUCCUACCGGAGGGGGCUAGAUAUUAUCUGGACUGUAAAUAUGUCAGUAUAUGUGCUCUAACACUGUAAAAACCACAUUGAGAAUUGUUCAAGUACACUUGUUGAAGAUGACAAAUUAUGUUGGUUGUGUUUCCGGUUAAAUCCAUGGAACGGACAAUAAUACGGUUACGUUUGGUGAAACUAGCCAAAUGAUAUAUAUGAACCAGAAGGGGUCUUGAUUUGUCUUUUUGGUUUUGUCAUUGUUAAAGACUAACAUUAAGUGCCGAUAUGUUAUUGCAUCUAUUUUUAGGAACAUACAAAGACGCAUGAAAUAUAUACCUACCCAAAUGUGAUCUAAUCAUUGCUUGUUUGUAGACAUUAUUAACAGUUAUUGGAGUUUUCAUUUUCUAACGUCCUUAUUCAUGACUCAAAUAUAAAUCGUAAUGCUAUGAAUGUGCUCUGUUUAUGUAAUAUACGCUAUACGUGCGACAAAUUCCUCGUGGGGAGAAUGUGAUAUGAUUAUGCGCUGUGAUUUUUGUACCUAGAACUCGUUUUCACUGUGCAUGUUCUUUCUAAGUAAAACAAUUUAAUGUUA